AUGGCCGCCGAGAAGCCCGACAAGAAGGAGAAGAAGGACAAGAAGCGAAGCGACGAGUCCGGCGUGUCCAAGUCCAAGAAGGAGAAGAAGGACAAGAAGGACAAGAAGGACAAGCUCGCCGCCGCCCUCGAGGAGAAGCUCGGCCAGGAGUCCGCCCCCAAGGUCGCCGCCAAGGCUGCCGCCGCCGAGGACUCUGAUGUCGAGGAGGACAAGGCCGCUGAACUGCCCCUUGAGCGGACUGUCGUUCCGUUCGCCUUGCCCGUGGCGGACGAGAAGGGCAUGAAGAAGGUCUACAAGACUAUCCGAAAAGCGGCCAAGAACAACACGCUCAAGCGCGGUGUCAAGGAAGUCGUCAAGACCCUCCGAAAGUCUCCCCCCUCGGCUCCCGGCUACACGUCGUUCCCCGGCGUUGUCAUCAUCGCCGGCGACAUCUCCCCCAUGGACGUCAUCUCCCACCUCCCCGUGCUGUGCGAGGACCACAACGUGCCCUUCAUCUUUGUGACGUCGCGAGCCGAGCUCGGCGCCGCUGCCAAGACGAAGCGUCCCACGUCGGUGGUGAUGAUCAUGGAGAAGGCCGACGGCAAGAAGAAGGAGAAGGCGGCCGACAAGGACGGCGAGGACGACGGCGAGGCGUUUGGCGAGAGCUACGCGUCGCUCGUCAAGUACGUACAGAAGGAGUACGGCAAGCAGGCCUUCUGGGUCAAGGGCGGAACCAAGUAUUGA